CUCUUUGACAGGUUGAGAGAUGAGCAACCAGACUUCAGAGCAAAAAUAAUAGUAAUUGCGAGUGAGCUUACACAACCUGAACUGGACCUUAGUGAACCAAUCAAGGAAAAACUUAUAGAAUGCAUUAAUAUUGUAUUUCAUUGUGCUGCUACAGUCAGAUUCAAUGAACCACUAAGAGAUGCUGUUCAGUUAAACGUGACUGCCACACAAGAGCUCCUCUUGUUGGCACAGCGAAUGAAGAAUUUGGAAGUGUUCAUGCAUGUAUCAACUGCCUAUGCAUACUGCAAUCGAAAACAGAUUGAGGAAGUAGUUUAUCCACCUCCUGUUGAUCCCAGGAAGCUGAUAGAUUCUCUUGAGUGGAUGGAUGAUGGCCUAGUGAAUGAUAUUACUCCUAAACUAUUAGGUGACAGACCUAAUACUUACAUAUAUACAAAAGCCUUAGCCGAAUAUGUAGUACAACAAGAAGGUGCGAAAUUAAACACAGCUAUUAUAAGGCCAUCUAUUGUGGGUGCUAGCUGGAAGGAGCCUUUUCCUGGAUGGAUUGAUAACUUCAAUGGACCUAGUGGUCUCUUUAUUGCUGCAGGAAAAGGAAUUCUUCGAACAAUGAGGGCUUCCAACAGUGCAGUAGCAGAUCUUGUUCCAGUAGAUGUUGUUGUCAAUACGACACUGGCUGCAGCCUGGUAUUCAGGAGUUAAUAGACCAAGAAAUGUCAUGGUAUAUAACUGUACAACAGGUGGCACCAAUCCUUUCCACUGGAGUGAAGUUGAAUACCAUGUAAUUUCUACUUUCAAGAGGAAUCCUCUCGAACAGGCCUUCAGACGGCCCAAUGUAAAUCUAACUUCCAAUCACCUUUUAUAUCAUUACUGGAUUGCUGUAAGCCAUAAGGCCCCAGCAUUCCUGUAUGAUAUCUACCUCAGGAUUACUGGAAGAAGCCCAAGGAUGAUGAAAACAAUAACACGUCUUCAUAAGGCCAUGAUGUUGUUAGAAUACUUUACAAGCAAUUCUUGGAUCUGGAAUACUGAAAAUAUGACUAUGCUAAUGAACCAGCUAAACCCUGAAGACAAAAAGACGUUUAAUUUUGAUGUUCGGCAACUACAUUGGGCAGAAUACAUGGAAAAUUACUGCAUGGGAACGAAGAAAUAUGUGCUGAAUGAAGAAAUGUCUGGCAUCCCUGCAGCUAGGAAACACUUGAAUAAGUUAAGAAAUAUACGCUACGGCUUCAAUACAGUUCUUGUGAUCCUGAUCUGGCGUAUCUUCAUUGCAAGAUCACAAAUGGCAAGAAAUAUCUGGUACUUUGUGGUUAGUUUGUGUUACAAAUUCCUCUCCUACUUCAGAGCCUCCAGUACUAUGAGAUACUGAAGAAGAGAAUUUAGCAUUAGGACAUCUAUGCAUAUGGUGGUCUAACUGCACAAAGCCUGUAACAUGUAGUCAUCUCACAUUUUGUAAAAGCAUAAUUUCAUCUUAAAUUGGAGUGCAAAAUCUACAGUAUGGUAUAUGUAAUGUUAGUUGUGUAUCUUCCUGGAAACAGAAAUUAAAAUGGUCAAGUGCCAGGUUGAAUUGGCAUUAGACAAACAUUUAAAUAACUUUUAACUAUUUGACCUGGGGAAAACAUUUCAGACCACUGACCAACAUAACUGUGCAAUUUGGAACAUGUGUGAUUGAAAUCUGC